UCUUAUCAGCUUUGACAACAUGGGAAGACGAGCAAAAAACAAGCAAGGCGCUCCAGCACCUCUUCCUGGCCAAGACACUGGACGUCCUUCAGCCAAAAAACUAGGCAAGCGGAAAGCCGAGGCGGGUGUGGAGGAAGGAAAUCCCAGUGAUCGGCCUGCAAAAAAAGUAAAAGAGGCAGUAACAAAGACUAGCCAGAAAAUAAAGCCAACCUCCAAGGCUACAAAAACGCGGGAAUCAAAGCCAAAGUCGGGGUCUGGCAAGAAAGGUAAAGACUUGAAUGAAAGCGCGAGUGAAGGCUGGG